GGUGGGGGGGGGGUCAAACUAAAAAUAAUGUUUUGGUUACAAAAAAGUCGACGGACAAAAAUCAAUCAGGAAAUCAUUCUCUUCUUGAGAGAGUGCAGUGAGAUGAGAUUAAAAAAGGAAUUCUUUGAAUUGAAAUACAUUUCAGGUUUAAUCGGGUCGCUUGAUGUCAAAAAAUAUUGACAAUACCUUGGUGAAUGAAUUGUAGAAAAUUAGGAAAAAAUACAAAUGUGCCACUUUUUCCAGAUUAAAAUUCAAAGCGAGUGAUUCUUGGCCGAAAAUGCGUUUGAACAUUUGAUGUCUUGUUUCAUCGAGUCCGCUGUGAUGGACUCGAUGAAACAAGAGGUCCAAGACGACUUGCAAAACAUUGCAUCGUUUGCAUUUGGCGUUGUCAUGACAAAACGGUGGCGGGAAAGACGGCAGUGUGACGACGUUUGCCAUCUCACCAAAAAAAAAAAAAAGAAAGAAAAAAAGUUGACUUUGCCACGAGAGAAAAUAUCUGCACUCGAUUCCAGCCCGCGAGUGCUUUUGUCACCUCUGCUGCAAUGUCCAAAACAAUGGCAGCCGUUUGCCCUUCGCACCUCUCAAUGUUGUUUGUGCUCCAAACAGUGCAACGAGCCACGCCGCGUGUUGUUAUGUGAACCACACGGUUGGUUUUUUUUCCGUGUGUCAGCAGGCGACAGGAUGAAGAGGGACACGUGCGCGGCCGCCAUCGCGCUGUUGCUGCUUUCGGCCGCCCAUUGCAACGACAGGUCACCGCCGGGGAGGCCGGUCCUGCUCGGCUGCCGCUCGCCCGAGAAGGAGACCUUCACCUGCCGGUGGGAGCCGGGCGUCGACGGAGGACUCCCCACCGCGCACCGCCUGUACUACCAGAGAGAACGACUGGAGGGAACGCACGAGUGUCCGGACUACCGCUCGGCCGGCAGCAACAGCUGCUUCUUUGACAGAAGCCACACCUCCAUUUGGGUGGACUACUACUUGACGGUGGUGGCCUCCAACAUGCUCGGGAACGCCACUUCCGACGUCUUCAAGGUCGACGUCAUGGAAAUUGUGAAGCCCGACGCCCCCGAACGCGUCACGCUGACGGCGGAGGACCGAGCGGACAGUCCGAGCCUGCGCGUGAGCUGGGAGCAUCCCCGCGACGUGGACGCCGGGUCCGGCUGGGUCACGCCGGAAUAUCAGAUCCGGGCCAGACGACGCCGCCGAGCGGGAGACGCCGCCGACUGGAAGGAGUACAAGGCCGGCGCGCAAACCCACUUCACGCUCUACGGCGUCCAUCCCGGGGCGGCCUUUGAGGUGCAGGCGCGCUGCCGACUGGACCGCGGCUCCUGGAGCUCCUGGAGCGACUCCUCCUACGCCGAGAUCCCCGACCGCGUCGGGAGGGACGGACCCUUUUGGACGUCGCUUUCGGCUCUCUCCGGCCUUUUGUUUCUCUCGGCGGUCUGCGCGGUGGUCACCAAGAGGAAAAGUGUGAUGCGGUUUCUGCUCCCGCCUGUUCCGGGUCCAAAGAUACGAGGGCUCGACUUCCAGCUCAUCAAGGGCGCUCGACCGGAAGACUUUGCCGGCGCGUUGAUCAUCCGCCGGGACUUCCCUCCCGCGGCGGCGCCGAAGGACCACGCCAUCGAGCCCCUCAUCGUGUCGGACGUGGACGCCGGAGUUCCGCGGAGGAGCCGGGCCGUUUCCGCCGGCCUCGGCUGGGACGACCGGCAAAAGAACGACGCGGUGGAAAGCAAGGCCGAGCGGGAGGACGGCGGCGACCGCCUGUCAACAAGCAGGGGCGACGCCGACUUUGAGGCGCACGCGGCGCUCGAGUCGGACUACAGCAGAGUCAAGGACGUGACGUCCGACAACAUCUUCCUCCUCGACAGCGCGGACGUUCCGAGACCGCGGGGGCUCCCGGAGGACGGCGGCGAGGUGGCAAACGGCAAAACGCUCUCGUUUCACAAGGAAAGCGUCCGGUCGGAGCGCCGCAAGAAGCCGCCGCCCGCGCGCCCUCCUCGGGCAGCCGGCGUCACCGACGGCGGAUACGUCGACGCCAUCCCCACGUCACCUCUGGGGACCAUGUCAUGAAGGCUCCAAAGUCAACAUGCGAUCCCGGCCGCUCUGGUGGCAAAAGCUCGAAAUGCUCAUCAAACUUUUGACACCGCACCCCCGGCCACUAAAGACGCGCUUGGCGAAAAAGGCGCGGCCACUUCACAGCCGCCAUCUGACUGACUGGCUUAUGCGGGUGGAGCCCCCUUGUGAGACUUUGACCGAGUCUGAAUCUGGAAUUGACACAAUAUGGCAACUUUUUCAAUUUGCCGCCGAUGGCUCACAGACUUUGGCUACGUCCACCCGAACUUGUGCUGAACCGACAGAACUGGCGGCACGACUGACUACAGACAGACAUUCAGCAUGCGUGCGCGCGCGUGUCAAAAGGGUGUCCUUGAGACUUUUUUGUCCGUGUGUCCACCCAAAUGUGUUGCUCUGUGCAACUGAUGUCGAGGACCAAUUGUUUCCCAGGUUCCAGCAAUGGCACUUCAGUCGUUUUUUUUUUUUUGGGGGGGGGGGGCAUGUUCAAAAGUCCUAAAUGCGUUUGAUGUUGUUUUGGGUAAGUUGGCAAUUCAUUUGUGGGUUGGGAAAAAAAAAAAAGAUAUGGCCUCAUUCCAAAAUAGAAUUUAUUCAUAGCAAUCAUUGAAAAUAGCGUGUCGAUCUUUUC